CUAAAAUACCAAUAUUAAUUGAUGUAGUUUUAGAAAAUUGAUGAAUCGAAAUUUGGGGUUGGAUCCGAAGGUGGAAAUUGCAAAAUUAAUUGGUGAAUCGUAUUUGUAUUUGGAAAGUCUCCAUCCCACUAUGCCUAUUUAUUAUAGUAGUAGGUAGAGUGGCAUUUUCAGUUUUCCUGUUUGGCGACUCAACAUUUUCCCAGCUUUAAUUGCUCAAAUACUCUCGUAUUUGAAAACAAUGCAAACAUGUUCAUCACCGCUCCAUUAAUUUCUGCGAAUUCCAUCGCCUUUAUUAUCGCCCUCUUCUUCCUCCUCCAUUCUUCUCAUUCUUCUCUCUCUUCCACGGGUUUAUUGGCGGAGGAGAAGGCGAGAUUGGGAUCGACGCCGCCGAGCUGCCAAAACAGAUGCAAUCUGUGCCACCCGUGCAUGGCGGUGCAGGUGCCGACGACGCCGAGCCCGAGCCGCGGCCGACUCGAAUCGGAUCAAAACAGGUACUCCAAUUACAAGCCACUCGGAUGGAAGUGCAGAUGCCAAGGCCAUUUCUAUAACCCUUAAUUUAACUAAAAUAUAUUCAUUUUUAAUUCCCAACCAAGGCUCCGGAUUAUAUAUGUCGCGUAAUUACUGAAUAAUGUAUAUUUUGUGUUGCAUAUGUUUUAAUCUUAAUUAUAGAUAAGUGAACUGAGAUUUCGAUA